UAAGCGUGGCCAGCCAGCUCAAAGUACUCGCUGCUUAAAUAUGAUUAUAUGAACGAAGGCGGAAGGACAAGCAAGAUGGAUGUACUCGUACAUCUACGGCAACUUUAUAUGGUUAGGCCUGUAACAAAAAAUUCACUUUCACUUUUGAACCCACCUCCAAAUUACCGCUGCUCCGUGAAAACCAGUUUGGUCUUUUCACCUUUUUGUUCACGCACUCAGAUGGGUCGAGAGCAUUUUUGUCAUUAACUUUCCCCUCUCAGCUUGCCACGCGCGAUAAAGAGCCUGCAACAACUGUAGCACGUUCGUACUUCAGAUUAUUAUGAGUACCAGUUUCAUGUUACUCUACGGUCAAGAGCUGCAGUUUCAGAUUCCUACCUAGGGGCCCAUUGGGCCUGGUCCAGUUCCCUCGAGUGUCUAACACCGGUUUUCCAGCGCGUGAGUCUUGAGAUUUGACCUCCUUUCCCUACUUCAAGUAUAAGAUUCAACACCAGUAACAUUAAUUUACAUGAAUAUCUGGACCCUUUUGGCAACAUUGCAAUAUUUUACUCUUGUUUACAGUGUUAAAAAAUUUCAAUCAAAAGAAACGAUAAAAAAGUUGUACGUGCGACCCAUUAAGCCUCUCCUGGCCCAAAUGCUAGGUCUAGUCUAGAUCUACAUAUAAGUUGCUAUGUGUUCUUGUUCACAUUGUUGUUUAGAUUCAGAAAGAAAUGCAAGUGUUUAGCCACAAAAAUCAGCACCACAUUCUUUCACCUUUUUCACAUUAUUUCCGUUCUUUUUCGAAAUCCUGUUUCCGUCACUCGAGAUCGUUAUUAUGAAUCUCGUGGAGGGGUCAAGUGGGAAUGGAGAAGAAGGGUUCAAAUGCUCAGGCAAGGCGUGUAGAUCAACCGCGGGUGGAGUGAUAGCAGACUGUGUAGCAUUGUGUUGCUGCCCGUGUGCAGCGGUGAAUUUAUUGACUUUAGCAUUUAUAAAAGUGCCUUAUAAGGUGGGAAAAAAGUGUGUGAGGAAAAUGUGGAGGAAGAGAAAGUUGCAUGUUGAUUACAGAGAGGGAGAGAGAGAGAGGGAGAUGAGUGUAGGGUGGAAAUUAGAGAUAGAGAGGUUGGAGAGGAGAGAAUCAUGGGAAAUAGAAGAGGAAGCAGAGAGGGUUUGGCAGGAAUUGUAUGAGCAGCUUGGUCAUGUGGGUUUUGGUAGAGUUUCUUUUACUGGUGAUUUUUUUUCUUCAGACAACAACUUAAAGUUGCUUUAGUUUCAUCUUAUCUUCUUCUUCUUCAUCUUAUCUGUCACAUGAUGGUGAUGAAUGAUGAUAUACAUAUAUUUUUUUAGAUUAAUUGAUGGUGUAUUGUAGUUUGGAGCUUGUAGGUAUGUUCGAUAAACAUUCUAACUUUUUCUAUAGAAAAAAGUUCGAUUUCUUUCCUGGUGUUGGUGUUGACGACUGUUAAUUUCGAUUUCGUUUAAAACAUGAAAUGUUUAAUACAUGUAUAAAAUUAUUCAA